CGUCGUCCGUGGGGCUCGUUGAGGAGGCAGCAUGGCCAGCAAGGCGAAGACGGCCAAGCGGGCCGAGCGCCUGAAGAAGGCCAAGGCCGCGAAGGAGUCCAGCGCGGACCUCUCGUGGCAGAUCGACGACCUGCUCACGCUCUCGGACCUCUCGGAGGAGAACCUACUGCGUAGCCUCCACAGCCGCUACGAGCAUGACCUCAUCUACACGUUCGUGGGCCCGAUCCUCAUUAGCAUCAAUCCGUACCGGGUCAUCGACGACAUCUACUCUGACGCGACGAUGGAUCUGUACCACAAGACGAGCGGCGGCAGCAAGCCGCACGUUUUUGCGACUGUCAAGGCCGCGUACGAAGAGCUCGUCCUCUCAGACGUCACCAAGCCCAGUGACCAGAGCAUCAUCAUCAGCGGUGAAAGCGGUGCCGGGAAGACCGAGACGACCAAGGUCAUCAUGCGCUACCUGGCGCGAGUCGCAAGUGGCCAAUCCUCGGGCGCCGCGACUGAAGGCUCGCUCGAGCAAAAGGUCCUUGAUUCGAACCCGCUCCUCGAGUCGUUUGGUAACGCCAAGACGCUCCGCAACGACAACUCGUCGCGCUUCGGCAAGUUUAUCGAGAUCCAGUUCGACCGCCACGGCAAGAUUGGCGGCGCCGAGAUCAUGAACUUCCUUCUCGAGAAGACGCGCAUCGUGACUCAGAACAUUGGCGAGCGCAAUUACCACAUCUUCUACCAGCUGCUUGCGGGUGCCGACGCCGCGACGAAGUCGCAAUUACACCUCACGCGCCCGGAGGACUACGACUACCUCCGAAAGAGCGAGUGUUAUGUCAUCCCGUCCAAAGACGAUGAGCACGAGUUUGAGAUCACGCGUCGCUGCCUCGGCAACAUUGGCAUCUCGCAAGAGCUCCAGGACAAUGUGUUUGCAAUGCUGGCGGCGAUCUUGCACCUCGGCAACGUCGACUUCAAGGUCGAGCAAGAGACGUGCGUACCGCUCAACGCCACCACGCUCGAGACCAUGUCGUGGAUCGCGGACCUCCUUCAAGUAUCCAAGGACGCGCUCCGCAACGCGCUUUGCAACCGACAGCUCUUUGUCGGCGGCAAGGUCAUCAUCCAGACACAGGACGCGAACCAGGCCCGCGACAAACGCGACGCGCUCGCCAAGACUAUUUACUCGUCGCUCUUCCUCUGGCUCGUGAUGGAGCUCAACCGGACGAUCUCCGAGCCGUCGCGCAAGUGGGGCUUCAUUGGCGUGCUGGAUAUCUACGGCUUUGAGAAGUUUGACUGGAACACGUUCGAGCAGCUCUGCAUCAACUUUACCAACGAGAAGCUCCAGCGGCACUUUAACCAGCACAUGCUCGAAGUCGAGCAAGUCGAGUACACGAAGGAGGGCAUUGACUGGACGCACAUCAAGUUCCAGGACAACCAAACGACGCUCGAGCUCCUCGAGGGCAAGCCGAAUGGCAAGCCUGGCGUCUUCAUCGCGCUCGACGACGUGUGGCGUACGAAGGGCGAGGAGGCCAACCGCAAGUUUGUGAGCUACCUCCACGCGACGUUUGGCGGUAACGCAGCCCACGAGUCGUAUAUCCAGCCCAAGGUCGACGCCGCGUACAGCUUUGGCAUCAAGCACUACGCUGGGGACGUCAUUUACGAUGCGUCUGGCUUCAACGACAAAAACAAUGAAGAUCUGAACGACGAUAUGAAGGAGCUCAUCAAGCAGUCGGGCAGCGACUGGCUCAAGACGAUCGUCGACAACAGCCUCCAGAGCACGGAGGCGGUAUCGCGCCGCGUGUCUGCCAAGCCUGCCGCUGUCUCUCGCCGCCCGUCCGAGCUCCCAAGCGACAAGAAGACGCGUACGCUGCGCGAAGUGAGUGUCGGUGCACAGUUCCGGUACCAGCUUCAAGAGCUGAUGGCAAAGAUCUCGGCCGCAACGCCGCGCUACAUUCGCUGUAUCAAGCCCAACGAGGAGAAGCGGCCGAUGGCGAUGGACGGUGCGCAGUGCGUGCGCCAGCUCAAGUACUCUGGCAUGAUGGAGGCGAUCCAGAUCCGCCAAAAGGGCUUCGGCUUGCGCGAGGAGCACGAUACGUUCUUUUACGACUUUCUUGCACUCGACCCGGCCGCCGAGGACAUCCACGAGCUCGUCGCGAGCAUUUCCGAGAUGCUCAACGAAGGCAAGGACCAGUGGCAAAUGGGUAGCACCAAGAUCUUUCUCAAGCGGUCCGUCGCGGAAAAGCUCAAGCGCCUCAAGAUGCUGCGCGAGAUCUCGGCCGCUCGCACGCUUCAGCGCGGGUACCACAUCUGGAAGCGCACUCAGUGCGCGAUCAAGAUCCAAAGCGCCGUGCGCUCGUGGCGGGCGCAAAAGGAGCUCGGGCUCCUGCGGUCCGCGGCCUACACCGUCAUGAAGAUGGCCCGAGGUUUUGCCGCGCGCUCCAAGUACAAGCGCCUCGUCGUCGUCCACCGUGAGCGCGUCGCAGCGGCCGUCAAGAUCCAAGCGAUCGCGCGCGGGUUUGUGAUUCGCCAGCGCGACCUUCUGCAUCCGUUCGCGGGCAUGGGCGCCAAGGAGCUCGACGCUCGCAUCAAGGAAAUCGAGGCGGAAAUUGCAGUCGCGGCCAAGAAGAAGCAAUUUGACAAGUGCACGAGUUUGCAAAAGGACUUGGACGCAACGCUCGAAGCGCGCCGGCUCGUGCGCACGCCCAAGGAGGUCGACGCUGAGAUUGCCGCACUCCAUGAUGAAAUGGAUGCGCUCGCACGCCAGAAAAAAUACGCCGAGUGCUCGGCACUGCAGACCAAGUUGGACGCGCUCGAGGCCUUUCGGAAGGCAAUGCCCGAAGACCUCUCGGACCUCGAGCCCGCGGAGCUUGACGCUCGCAUCGAUUCGCUCAACGCGGAGCUCCAGGCUGCGAUGGCCAACCGUCAGUUUGAUGCGUGUGGCGCGAUCCACGACCGCCUGGAUAAGCUCGUCGCGGUGCGCAAGACCAAGCAGACGCCGGCCGAGAUGGACAUCGAAAUUGCGAACCUCACGGUCGCGCUCCAAACGUCGAUGGCCAAGAAGCAGUUUGACAAGUGCGCCUCCAUCCAGGCGGAUUUGGACGCGGUGACUAAGCGCCGCGCCAAGGCCCAGGCGCUCUUGCCGCCGCCACCACCGGCCGCGGCACCCGUCGCUGCUGUCGCGACCAAGCCGACGACUGUUGUGAAAGCGACGGCUGCCAAAGCGUCUGCCAAGUCUGCGUCGGUCGUCAUGCCGCGUGCUGCGCCGUCAAUCUUGGCGCCAACGGUGAGCGCACCGUCUAUCUCGGCAGCGACCGUCUCUGCUCCAGUAAUCAGCGCGCCGUCGGUGGCAGCGCCUACCGUGUCCGUAACGGCGCCGUCGGUCAGCGUCGCGCCCAAGCAGCAGCCCACGAUGCCAGCCCUGACAGCGGCUCCCAGUGCCACGGCACUUGUGCCCGUGGGCUCGCAAGCGCUCGUGGCGCUCGGGUCGCAGGCUAUUGUGCCCAAGAACGAUCGUCCGCCGCGCCGUCCGCGCAGCAACUCGAACGACUCGAACGCGUCUUCGCAAGCGAUCUCGGUCGUUUCGCGUGCAUCCAAGGUCUCCAAGGCGUCGACGACAAAACCCGCCGCGAUCCAAGAGGCUGUAGAAGACAUUUCGCGUACAGUCGAGCGCCUUCGGCCAGCCAAGGCUGUGACCGUACCGGAAACAAUGUCGGUCAAGGAAGCGGCGGGUGUCAUGAAGUCCAACCGCACAGCCGCCGUGCUGGUCGUCAAUAACGCCGGUGGAUUGGAAGGCAUUCUGUCUGACACGGACGUCACCCGGCGCGUGGUCGGCCCCGGUCUCGAUGCGUCCAAGACGGCUGUCGCGACAGUCAUGACGCCCCACCCGAGCUGCGUGACGUCGACGGAUAAGGCGACACAGGCACUCAACAUGAUGCUCCAGGGCCGGUUCCGUCAUCUCCCCGUGAUCGACGCCAACUCGGGCGCCGUUGUUGGUCUACUCAAUGUGUCGAAGUGCCUUCAUGACGCGAUUCGACGCCUCGAGCAUGCACACACAAAAGCGCUGGCGCUUCAGAAGGACCUCAACGCGAGUGGCUCGGCAAUGGCGCUCCUAGCGCCGAUGCUUGAGAAGAUGUCGUCGCCGACGCUGUACGACGUCAUUGCGCGCGACACGCUUCCGCCUCUCGUACUGGAAGACGACAUGCUCGCGGACGUGGUUGCGGCCAUGGCUUCGUCUCGCAAGGCCGCGCUGGUCGUCGACGAGGACAAGCGCCUCAUUGGUAUUCUGACGCCCAAGGAUGUCAUGACGCGGGUGAUCGCGCCAGGCCUCUCGCUUACGACGACGCGUGUCUCGAAGGUCAUGACUGCUGACCCGGACGCUGCCGUGAGCGGGACGACGAUCAUGGACGCAUUCCACAUUAUGCACGACGGGCGCUUCCUCAACUUGCCAAUUGUCGACGAGAACGGUGUCGUCGCGGGCCUCACGGACGUAUUGAGCCUCGCCGUGCACGCCUUCUCAGCCGGCGACGAUGGUCACAUGCUGACGCAGUUUGUGCAAGCGUCUUUCCACCACGGGAGCGACCUGGACGAACUCGCGAGUAACGCCAGUGGCGCGUCGGCAUUCUCACGGUCGUCCAAGCUCUCGCGCCGCACGGACCGGUCGCUCACGUCCAAGCCGACGCCCGUUUCGAGCUUGCGUCCCGCGCCUGCGCACACGAUCGUUGAGACGGCGUCCGUCGCUGACGUGUGCCAGCUCAUGCGCGCAAAGCAGACUGAUGCAGUCCUCGUGGUUGCUCACGACGGCGGUCUCGUUGGUAUCAUCACGGACAAUGACAUUUGCCGCCGCGUCGUGGCGCAGAAUCUGAACGCGCGGUCGACGCCCGUCUCGUCGGCAAUGACGGCUAACAUCAAGUACGUGGGACCCGACGACUCGGCGCUCGAUGCGAUGGUCCUCAUGCACGAAGGUCACUUCCGACACCUCCCCGUCGUUGACCAGUCGAGUGUCGUCGGCAUACUUAGCAUUGGCAAGUGUCUCUUUGACGCAAUCAAGCGCAUGGAGCAAGCCAUGAGUGCGACCGAGGCGCUGCAGCAGUCGCUCGAGCAGCAGUUCAAGGGCCAGAUGAAAGGCAUGGUCGGAUCGCUCAUGGACAAGAUGUUCUCGUCGUCGCUGACCUUGUCGUCGCUGCUGCAGACAGACACUGGUGCGCCGGCGCCUAUUGUGUCUCGGACGACCACCGUCGCCGAGGCUGUCACGCUCAUGGCAUCGUCUCGCAAGGCUGCGAUUGUUGUCGAGAAUGGACGGCUUGUCGGUGUCUUCUCACCAAAAGAGCUCGUGCUGCGCGUCCUUGCGCUUGGGAACGACCCGACGAAAACGAUUCUCGGUGACGUCAUGCUUGUGGACCCAGAGGUCGGUCUCCCCGAUACGCAUGCGCUCGAGGCGAUGCAGAUCAUGCACGAGACCCAAGUGCUCAACCUGCCCGUCGUGAGCCCCACGGGGGCGCUUGUUGGCCUUGUCGAUGUGCUCACGAUGAGCUACGGCUGCUUCAGCAUCGUGUACGGCGAUAGCCGCGACAAGCUCGAGGAGUUUUGGAACACGACGUUUCAGCUCGAAGCUGCGGCACCGACUCCGCUUCUCACAGCGCCCGGCCACGGUGCCAACUUGGUGCAGGCGCAGCGCACGGUCGCGAGUUUGCGUCCGUCGAAGGCCAUGACGAUCCUCGACACGACGUCUGUGCGAGAGUGCGCCAAGGCCAUGGAGCGCCAGGGCGCCGAUGCUGCGCUCGUCGUCUCGGGCGCAGGGGCGCUCGUUGGCAUUGUCACAAGCACGGAUCUCACCCGACGCGUCAUCUCGCUCAACAAGUCGCCCGACUCGACGUGUAUCUCGGCCGCGAUGACGCCACAGCCUCAGUUUGUAACCGAAGACGACCCGGCCAUCGACGCGCUCUCGACGAUGCUUGCAGGCAAGUUCCGGCACAUCCCUGUGGUUGACAGCCAGGGCCUCGUCGUUGGUAUCCUCCACAUUGCCAAGUGUCUUUACGACGCUAUACGGAAGCUCGAAGCGACGACCAAGUCGCAAGCCAAGGAACUCGCGGCCAACACAAAGCUCGUCAAGCGCCUCGGACCCAUGGCCCACCGCCUCUUUUCGCCCGACGUGCUAUCGAUCAUUGAGCACGACACGGUUGCAGCGCCUCGAGUGCUGCCCUACACGUCUAUCUUUGCGGCCUCCAAGCUCAUGGCUGAUACCAAGCGCGCGGCUCUGGUCGUCAAUGAGCGCGGGCACCUCCUUGGCAUGCUCACGCCCGCUGAGCUCUUGACAAACGUGCUCGCCAAGGGCCGACCCGUGCACACGACCGCCGUCUGCGACGUCAUGAUCUCGGCGCCGCAAGUCGUGUACGGUGCGACGUCGGUCGUCGACGCGAUGCAUGCAAUGCACGAAACCAAGAGCUUGCAUCUCGCGGUGCUGCGCUCGUCGACUGAGGCCGAGGUGCUUGGCUUGAUCGACAUCCUCUCGCUGUCGUACGGCAGCUUUGCGAAGGGCAGUCCGGCUGACUGGAAGGCGUUCUGGGAGUCGUCGCUUGAGGUGGACGACGACGGGACAUCGUCCGUCAUGAGCAGCCACAGCUUGCACUCGAAGAAGAGCUCGAUGCACCAAGGUGGCGGUGGCAAGAAGACGUCGUCCGGCGAUGUGCGUCCUGUCUCCAAGCUCCGCCCGUCGCCGGCGCUCACGGUCCUCGCCGACGUGAGUGUUCGUGAUGCGGCCAUGACAAUGAAGGCCGACAAGGCGGACGCUGCUCUUGUCGUUUCGCGCGAAGGUGGUCUUCUCGGCAUUUUGACUGACACGGACGUCACGCGGCGCGUUGUGGCUCUCGGCAACGACCCGGGCUUCAUCACGGUCGCGGACGCCAUGACGGCCAACCCGACAUUCGUCCAAGAAGCCGACAGCGCGAUGGACGCAAUGUUUAUGAUGCUUGAAGGCAAGUUCCGCCACUUGCCGGUCGUUGACGCCGAUUUGCGUGUGAGCGGCAUGCUCAAGAUCCAAAAGUGCCUCUACGACGCGAUCCGGCGCCUCGACGACAAUGCACGCGGCCUCAUGUCGCCAUCGCUGCAAUCGAUUCUCGACGCCGACGCGCAAGCGAUGCCGCCGCUCUUGUCUGCGACCGACUCAAUUUUGCACGCGGCGCGACAGAUGGCGUCCAGUCGCAAGGCCGCGCUCGUCGUGAACAGCCAGCAAAAGCUUGUGGGCAUUCUUACGCCCAAGGACGUGCUCCUUCGUGUCGUCGGUGGCGGCCUCGAUGUGCUCUCAACCCCCGUCGGCGACGUCAUGACCAAGAACCCCGAGGCCAUCGACCCGUCGCUGUCGGUCCUUGAUGCGCUCCAUCUCAUGCACGAAAACAACUUUUUGAACCUGCCAGUCGUGCAUGCGGCGACGGGCAAGAUUGCUGGUCUCGUCGACGUUUUGAGUUUGAGCUACGGCAGCUUCUCGAAGGGCUCGGGUGAGUGGCAGACGUUCUGGGAUCUCUCGCUCUCGGCUCCCGACCACGACGAGAAUGCGGAUAGCGGUAUCAAGGCUGCCAACAACGGCCCCGUGCCAACCGUCGCGGCGCUGCGCCCGUCCAAGGCAACGAUUCUCCCUGAUACGAUCACGGUCGCGGAUGCUGCGCUGAUUCUUCGCCGCGCCCGCGUCGAAGCGUGCAACGUCGUCAACGCCACCGGGCAGCUUGUGGGCAUUCUCACGGACACGGAUGUGACGCGGCGUGUCUUGGCGCGCGACAUUGAUCCUGAAACGUGUCUCGUCUCGACCGUCAUGACGGCGUCGCCUACCUGCGUCCGAAUGACAGACCCGGCGACCGACGCGCUCAACCUGAUGUUGCAAGGCCACUUUAAGCACCUCCCGGUCGUCGACGCCAACGGCGAGGUCAGCGGUAUGCUCGACAUCUCCAAGUGCCUCCACGACGCCAUCUCGGUCAUGGAGCGCGCACAGGCGUCGGCCGAUGCUUUCGCGUCGGAGCUCCAGCGUGGCCUUGGUCACCAAGACACAGCAGCCAAGUGGAUCGAAGCGAUGCGACGCCCGACGGUUGCGAUGGCUGUCGAGAAGAACAUGCCGCCGCCACUUGUCGGUGUUGACACGCCAGUGCGCGAAGCCGCCAAGAUGAUGGGCUCGUCACGCACUGCCGCUGUCGUUAUGGACGGUAUCGACGUGAUUGGCAUGGUGACGCCCAAGGACUUGCUGCGGAAGCUCAUUGCGCGAUCGCUCUCGGCCGAGACGACGCGGGUCGCGGACGUCAUGACGCCGCACCCGCUCACGAUGCCUCCGACGUCGAGCAUUCUGGAAGGUCUCCACGUCAUGAAGGAGACGCGGGAGCUCUUCGUGCCGAUUGUGGACCCAACGUCCAAGCGCGUUGUGGGCAUGGCCGACGUGCUCUGCCUGAGCUACUCGCAGUUCGCGUCGUCGGGCGACAACUCGCCCCAGAACGCGGCGAGCGAGUGGCGAACGUUCUGGCAAAGCGCAAUGGCGAUGCAGGAAGAGAUGGGCGUUCACGACGACUUUGACGACACGUGCUCAGUCGGGACCAUCGAAGACUUCGAGCGCACGGAAGCGAUGGCGCCGACGAUGCCCGCCGUGACGAUGGCAAUGACGGCGUACUCGGAGCUCGGGGACUCGGUCUCGGUCAUCUCGGCCGACCAGACGAGCAUCUCGACCAACAUGGCUGGCACGUUCCUCUUCAAGGUCAAGGAUCACAUGGGGCAUGUGCACCGCAUUCGGAGUCGACCGGACAGCCUCGAGAUGCUCAAGGGCGAGGUGCGCUCCAAGAUGACACUCCUCCCAAGCACCAACAUCCGCCUCAAGUACGAAGACGACGAAGGCGACCUUGCGGUCGUUUCCUCGGACGCAAGUCUCAUGGACGCUGUGCACAUGGCGCAAGAGAGCAAGUGGAAGUCCCUUUUGCUCGUUGUCGACGUUCUCGACGACCCCGCGCGCCGCAUCUCGACGGUGCCCGAAGAGUACGAAGGCGGCGAGCGCGGUCUCCCCAUCGGCGUUCACAACGGCGCGAUCGUGCCCAAGAAGAAGACGUCGUCCAGCGACAAAUCGAUACUCUUUGCCGGCGUCGGCGUCGCGCUCCUCGGCGUGGGUAUCGCCGCCAUGGCCUUCCUCAAGUCGUCCAAGUAGCUCGGCUUCAUUAUCGUGUCGUACAUACCCAUAGAGAACAAGCGUCGCGUACAUACCGGUAUACUUUGAUGCAUUCAUGUUGGUUGCCUGCUCCAUGCGCCGUUUCUAUCUAUGGCCCUGUCGCUGUUGCCAUCCAAUGCGCAUCCUCCUCCAUCGACUGUGCACGCGUCGGUCGCCUCCAUGGCCGUCUCCUCCUAGUACGCUCAUGGUCCAUGCUCCUCACCGCAUCAUGCAUGCGCUUCCUCCAUGUCGCAGGGGCGGGCCGCGAUCCAUCUUCUGCACCCAAACUUCCGCGAAUACAAACGCAAGGUGGUUUUGCGGCCCAAAAUAGCGGGGAGAGGGGUAGGGCAGAAACCUCUAUAAAUACAUGCUUGCCGCUGGUGCGAAGGGGUUGAAGCGGGGCGGAUAUAUUGAGUAUGACAGGUCUCGUGUUGCUAAAAAAAUACCGAAACCCCUGGACAUGUACUGGAUUUUUGUAUACGAU